AUGGAGGCCUUGUCGGGGCUGGAAAAGCUGCUGCUUAGCGGACGGACACCGUCGUUCUCGUCGAUUCUCGCCCCACAUACCUCGCUUGUCCGUGUCGACGAGGACGGUGGGGAGGUUGUCUUUGAUCUGGUUGUGGGAAAGGAGAUUACCAACAUCAACGGAUUUCUACAUGGUGGGGCAGCUGCUACUGCUGUGGAUGUACUCUCGACCAUUGCCCUGGUUGCACUCGCUCCCGAGAAGACCACGACUGGAGGCGUCUCCAUCGAGAUCCACACCCAGUACACAGGCGCAGCCCCCAAGGGCGCCACCAUCACCGUCACUGCCUCUGCCCGAUCCGUCGGCUCGCGCAUCGCCUUUCUUGAUGUUGACGCCAGAGAUGCCGUCUCAGGCAAAUCGUACUUUACCGGCCAGCACAUCAAGUUCAUCGGCAGCAACCCCAAGAUCAAGUCCAAGCUCUGA